AUUCCUCUCUCUCUCUCUCUCUCUCUCUCUCUCUAUCUCUCCACUCCCAACGCACAGACGCGCACACACACACAUCUUCUUCGACCCGACCUUUUUAACAUUAAAACGCCUCCGCCUCUCUCCGGUCAUAUAUAUAUAUAUAUUUAUACACACACACAAACAUUUCAUCUUCGAUCUCAGAUUAUCCACUUUCCUCCUUUCCGUCCCUUCUCUUUAAGCCUCCAUUAUCUCUCUCUCUCUCUCUCUCUCUCUAGACCUACUCUUCUCUGUUUCUCUCUUAAAAACGAACCCCUGAGUGUACAUAUCUAUCUAUAAUAUGGUCAUCAGCGAGGACGAGGAGUGGAUAAAGGCUGCCCUGUCAGACGACUCCGCGGUGGCGGAGCUGCUCCUCCUCCUCCACAGCUCGCCAGCCGCGCCCGCCCCCUCCUCCCUUCGUAUAGACUGGAGCGUCCGCCAGCGCAGGUCGCCCUCGUCCAAGGGAGUCCACAGGAGCCCGGACCCCUCGGUUCCGGAGAAGGGCAGCGCAGCCAAGCCCACACGGGCGAGUCCGACUACGCCGCUGUCGUGGAGCGGAGCCACCUCCUCCGCUGACGGCCUCGAGGAGUCGAGCCUCCCCGCCGCCAAGCCGAGAUCUAAGGUUUCCUCAAGGACCGUCAACCCGAGUGGGGUAACAACCACGAAGAGGUCGAGAAGGAAAAAGAGGACGUUAGUUGAGCUCCAAGAGGAGGAGAGUUUGCUGCUGAAUGAACAGAGAAGCUUGGGACACGAAUUGGCAAACUUGCACGUACUCAUCGAGAAACAUAGAGCCAUGAACGAAAGGCUGAAGAAACUAAAGCUUGGUUUCCAAGAGCAGCGGGCGAUAAAUGCACGGGAUCAAUGUCAUCCAUCUGCCCUUGUUCCAGAUACUGAAAAUCCAAAAAAUCGAGAAACAGUGUUUGAGCUGCCCGACCUGAACCUCCCGGUAGAAGAUUCUUAAUCGGAAGCUUUUGGUUUUUCACAUGAGCGGAGAAUGAGGGUUGUCGUGGAUGGUGUCAACUAAUCUUAUACUCGCUCUUCUCGACUCCUUUGUAGGAUUAGCUCUUUGUAACUAUAGGAGUAAAACCGAUCAAUCUUUUAGCAGUCUUUGCGCUUCGAGAAUUCCAUUUGGGAGAUUUUCGGCCUGAUAAGAGAACCAAUGUACGAUUAGUUAGCGUAUCUUUGGUGACCCUAACUCAUUAUACUGCAGCUGUAUUUUAUUUCAGUAAAGUCCCGUCAAGAAUUACUCGUGUUUUUCUAUUUCUCUCCGGUUGUUGAUACGAAUGUCAAUUUUCUCA